AUGGUCGAAGCCGGCCUUACCGGUAUCAAUAUGAGCCUCGAUACUCUUGACCCCUGGCAAUUCCAGAUUAUGACCCGCCGCAAGGGGUUUGACGCUGUCAAACGGAGCAUGGACAAGAUCUUUGAGCUCAAUCGUCACGGCGCUGGAAUCAAGUUCAAGAUAAAUUGCGUGGUAAUGCGCGGCGUCAACGAUCGCGAGAUUAUGUCUUUCGUCGAAAUGACUCGCGAAAAGGAUGUCGAGGACAAGUAUCCUACACUCGAAAAGGUCCCGGGCCACCGGAAUGACACAAGCAAGACAUGGCAUAUACCGGGUUUCGCUGGCAAACUUGGCUUCAUCACCAGCAUGACGCACAACUUUUGCGGGACUUGCAACCGCCUUCGGAUAACGAGCGAUGGGAACCUCAAGGUAUGCCUCUUCGGAAACGCGGAAGUGUCCUUGCGCGACAUCUUGCGGAAAAGCAACUGCGGCGAGCCCAUUGAUGAAGAAGCUUUUGAGGCUAUGAAGCGGGUUGGCCUAGACCAGAGCCUCGGUCUACUCACCGCGGACAGCGCCCCGGGACACCUUGCGAACCAGGAUGAACUCCUACAUAUAAUCGAUCAUAGGACCUCACAGGAAAAGCUCACGCACGUCUCCGAGUCGGGGUCUGCGCACAUGGUGUCUAUAUCGGAAAAGACGGUUACGUCCCGAGUUGCUACUGCCGCUUGUACCGUACGCUUCUCGAACACCACGGCUAUCAAGCUUAUUGAAGAGAAUGGUAUGAAGAAGGGAGAUGUGUUAGGCGUUGCAAGAGUAGCCGGCAUCAUGGCUUCCAAAAGAACUCCAGAUCUAAUACCUCUUUGCCAUCCGAUUCCGAUAUCCCACGUCAGCAUUGAUCUCACCCUCGAUCCGGCGGGAAACACUAUCGACGUUAAGGCGACAGUAGCGUGCGACGGGAAGACGGGAGUGGAGAUGGAGGCAUUAACGGCCGCAUCGACGGCAGCGCUGACAAUCUACGACAUGUGCAAGGCCGUCGACAAAGGCAUGGCUAUCGAUGGUUUACGUGUUAUUUUGAAAGAUGGUGGCAAGAGUGGCAGAUGGGAGAUGCCAUGA